AUGAUUAAAGAUCAAACUCUUGAAUAUCUUGCUAAAGCACUAAACAGUAAGGAUAAGCAAACAUGUAUUUUAUCAGCGAAAUCAUUGUAUUUAGCUUCAAAAACUCAUGAAUUUGGAUAUGACGUUUUAAUUGAACUAAAAGACCAUACAGAGAAUAAAAUACAUGAUGUUGCCGUCUAUUCAUCUGUUGCAUAUACUCGAGUUCUAGCGAAAUUGUCAUCAACCGAAAAACCUAUUAUGAAAAGUUAUAUUGAAUUUUUACCAAGAAUUUAUGUAUUUGAAGAUUUACACUGUAAUCAAGCUCUAGCAAUCGAAAUACUUUAUAAUUAUUCAGCUAAUAAAUAUUCUAUUCCACAAGAUACAAUUUUUGCAUUAGGCAAUGCAAUUAGUAUACCGGAAAUUUCUUAUCAAGCUUUAAGAGUAUUGAGUAACGUAAUUAGAAAUCGACAAAUUGUUAGUAAAAAAUUUCUGCUUUUUCUUGCUGAUAAUCUUUACUCAUCACACGAUAGUCAAUUAAGAGACGAAUCAUUUGAACUAUUGGAUAUAGCUAAUGAUAAUCAAGAUAUGUCCGAUGAAAUUUUUUGUAUAUUAGAAUUAGAAAGAGCUAUUAUCACCGUUAAUUCUUUUCCAUCAGACAGUAAUGAUGCUAUUUCUUACGUAUACAAAAUGACAGAACAAAAUCAAAGAUUAACACUUAAUGGAUUUAUAAUGCUACACAAAAUAAUGAAUAGUCCAUCUGAAUUGGAUGAAAAGGUUUUCGGAAUUUUUUUGAAUAUUUCUAAAAAUGCACAACCUCUACCUGAUAAUUUAAUUAAUAAGCUGGUAGAAAGAUUCGAUCCUCGGCAAGCAAAUUGCCAUUUGAUUGAUAUAUUUGAAAAUUUAGUUAAAAAUAAUCAAAAUAUUUCAGCUAAACUUACAUUGAAAUUAGAGAAAGCAUUAGAAAAUUCACUGAUUUCAGAUCAAGUAUUGUCAAUUUUUGUACUUCUGGCACUAAAAGGUGAAUAUUUAUCAAAAAAUAUAAUCAUUAAAAUCUUAGAUAAAAUUUUAAUUUUACAAAAUUCAUUGAUUAUUCAACAAUAUUUAUCUGUUAUUUGUUCAUUGAUUCAAAACAAAGAUUAUUUUAAAGAAAACUUUAUAGAUUCCUUUCGUCAAUUUUUUAAUCCAUUUUCUGAUGCUGGUAUUAGGUUAGUUUCACGUAUUCAAUCAGUUUUAAUCCAUUUAUUAAAAGGAAACGAUCAAAAUGUUAUUCGUAAAAGUCUUAAUGGAUUAAAAAUACUUAUAACAUUUCAUAAAGUUGAACUUAAUCAGAAAAGUAUAGAUAUUUUAUUAGAUCUAACAGGAAAUACUAUUUGUGAUGAAAAUAUGAAAAAUGAUAUUAAUAUACUAUUAAAUACAUCCACAUUAGAUUAUAGUCAACAAUGCAGAAUGAAAUUGGUUAAUUUAAAGUAUAAUUCGAAUGAUGAAUUGCUCGAAGAAUUGGCUAAGUCUUCUAAACCGAAAUUAUUUCAACAAAAUUUUAAUCAAAUAGAUAAUAUCAUUAAUAAUUAUCCAGAAUUAAAUGAAAAAGCAUUGACAACUUUACUACAAUGUUCGAAUAAAGAAAAUAUGACAGAUACAUUGUUAUACAGUAUUACUAUUUUAAUGCUUAGUAUGAGCUCGAAAGAAACCAGAAUAUUAUGUAGACAGUUGAUAAUUGAAACAAUUAAAGCAGGAAAAAUACUUCCAAAUGAACUAAUAUCUCGUAUUGCUAUUCACAAUGAUAUAUUGAAAUUGAUCGCUGAAAAUCAGCCGAUUCCAGAAAAAUUUCGACGUCAUUUAAAUUUGUUUUCACAAGUUGAUAGUACCGAUAAUAUUGAACUAAAAAAUCUUAGUCAAUUUCUACAAAAUAUUCGACAUGAAUUUAAUCAGCACUAUAUAUUAUCUGAUCUAUCAAUGUCAAAAUUGCUUUCUAUUCAAAUUCCUAAGAAUAAAAAUGAAAAUGAUUUCUGCAUGAAAUUAGAACGAGAGUUGAUUGAUAUAUUUGCGUUGAUAUUAAGAAGAAAUCCGUGUCAUUCUUCGCAAUCAUCGAUAGUAGAUAGGUUAGAAAAGGAAAUUUUAUCAAAAAAAAUAAACCAAAAUAUUCUAAUGGCAUAUCAAGAAGUUAUUAAAAUGAAACGAUGUCAAACAAAUAAUUUAUCUAAAAUCUUAGAUAGUUUAGCAGGUUUAUUAGAAUAUGGUAAUACAUUUCUAAAUUUAGAAGUUGAAUUAUUGGCAUGUAUUGCUCUGAUAUCUAAAGUUAUGGAAAGAUUUACGUUAAGUCAAAUAGAACGAUUUGAUUUUUAUGAAACUUGGCUCGAAAUUGAAGAAUAUACUGGAUUUCCACAAGGUCAAAGUGAUAUAUUACUUAAAUUAUUACAUCGAAUUCAGUUAAAUAAUAGAAUUUCGUUUAAUCAAUGUAAUGAGCUAAUAAAAGUUCUAACGAAUAUUGACUUUGAAAGUAUUUAUAAUAUCUUAUCGAUUAGUCCAAGUCCAUAUGAGGAUGUUCUCAAAAAAAUUCUCAGAGACUUAAUUUUUCAACGUUUAUUACAUACAGAAAUAAAUAACAAAUAUAUCGAUGAUUUAGUACGUAAAAUGAUUACAAAAUUUAAUUUUGAUAUAAGUAAAAAACUUUUGGACACAGUACAGACUAUAGAUAGUUUAAAAGAUUUUGAAGAACUUUUAGAUUUUGCCGAAGAAAAUAAAAUUAAGAUAUUUGAUAUACAUACUCAAUAUAUAAGCAUUUCAAUGUUGAAAAGAUUGUUAGAAAUAAAAUUUUUGGAUAAUCAAAUUAUAUAUGUUGAUCAUUCAAAAUUAGCUUUUAUUCUUAGUAAUUUAUUAAAUAGUAAAUGGACUUUUGAACAAUUGAAUAUUAUUUUCAAAAAUCUUGAUGCUUCGAAUAAUGAAGAGAAACGAAUCAAAGAAAUAAAUUUUUUUUGUGUCCUAGAAAUACUAUCACAAUAUAACAUAUUUUCAACAGCAGAAAAUCAAGAAAAGAUAUUAGUAGCUCUCAAAGAACCAGCACAGAAUUGGCAUCGAUUGAUAAAUAUCAUUGCAAUUGAAGCUAAUUUUCCUGAAAUAGGUCAACUAAGAAAUGUAACAGAAUUAAUACCAGAAUUUGAAACAAAUAAUUCUCAAAAUAAAGACUUAAUAGAAUUAGUUAGAAAAAAUUUAGUGGAUUUAAUAAAUAAAAUUAAAAGUACGAAUUUAACUUCUAAAAUUCUCAGUCAAACUAUGCAAUAUAAAUAUGAUGAAAAAUUGAAAAAGAGAAGACAAGUCUAUAUUAAUGAAUGGACUAAACAUGAAAUUCAAGGAUGGGCAAAAACAAUAAAAGAUAAUGGUCAUUCGUGUAAAAAUACAGACGAUUUUAUUGUAGAAACUUUAGCAGUAAUAAAACAAGCUUAUCUCUUAGACAGUGGUUUUCAUUUGACUGAUGCUCAACUUUUAAGUUGUAUAAUUCUUUUAAAAGCAAAUACCGAUAAAGGAAUGUUGUUGCAAAUAAGAACUGGUGAAGGUAAAUCAACAAUUAUAGCUGUAUUAGCAGUAAUACAUGUAUUAAAAGGAAAAAAUGUUGAUGUUAUUACUAGUUCACCUGUACUCGCAGAAAGAGCCGCAAAAGAAAAGAAAAAUUUCUACAAUAUGUUUAAUUUACAAUGUAGUGAUAAUAAUGAUAAAUCAAUUUAUUGGACAGGUCCAAAAUCUUGUUAUAACAGUGAGAUAGUUUAUGGUGAAGUAGCACAAUUUCAGUUUGAUACUCUAAGAACAGAAUAUAGUCAACUUAAUACUUUAGGAAAUAGAAAGUUUGAAGUUGCUAUAGUAGAUGAAGUAGACAGUAUGCUGAUUGAUGAUAGUUCGAAAAUUGCAAGACUUGCGACUACCAUACCGGGAAUAGAUCAAUUACAAAUAAUAUACCACACUUUAUGGUAUCGACUUGUUUAUUUACAAGAAAGAAUGCUUGAAAUUAAUAAUAAAAUCUAUUUAUUUCAUGGGAAAAUUAGUUCUGAACAAGAGAAAAUCAUUUUAGAAUAUAUUGAUGAACAACAAGGAAAUAUUAUCAAAAUUCCUGAUUUGAAAACCUACGUAGAAUCUACUUCGGACAUUAGUCAUAUUGAAAUAUCGAUUUCAGAAAAUGUUGAAGUUGAAGCAUUUAUCAAAGACGAUUUAAGAAAUAACAUUAGAAAUUUAAUUGAUAGAUUAACCAUCAUACCAAAAGGCUUUGAAGAAUUUGUUGAUACACAAAUGUGUAAAUGGAUAGAUAAUGCUCUGACUGCAUUAACUUAUCAGGAAAAUGUACACUACGUCGUACAUCAAGGUUUAAUUAAACCGGUAGAUUAUGCUAGUACAGGUAUUGUUCAAAAUUUUUCACAUUGGAGUGAUGGUCUCCAUCAAUUUUUGCAACUGAAACAUGAUCUAAAAAUGACGUCUGAAACUUUUACUACGAAUUUUCUAUCAAAUAAAGGAUUCUUUAUAAAAUAUGGUUCGAAUUUAUUCGGUCUUACAGGAACACUUGGUUCUGAAAAAGCUAAGCAAGUCUUAGUUGAUAUAUAUAAUGUACAUCUAGGUAUUAUUCCCAGUUUGCGUCAAAAGCAGUAUCUUUCAUUGCCUGAUCUUGUAUUGACUAAUGAAGUUGAUUGGCUUAAUGAAAUAUGUCAUUCGGCAAUUAAUGAAUCGAGAAAAGAACGAGGAAUACUUGUUAUAUGUGAAACAAUUGAAUAUAGUGCACAGAUAGCAGAAAAAAUCCGACGAGAUUACCGUUCAAGUACGAUAAAAUUAUAUACGAUGAAUAAUAUGAAUCAAGAGAAACAUAUCGAAAAAAUAUAUCCGAGAGAAAUUAUUGUAGCUACAAAUUUACCAGCUCGAGGUAAUGAUAUAAAAACGGAUCAUAUUGAAAAAUAUGGUGGUCUUCAUGUUAUUGUUACAUUUAUGCCAUCUAAUAAACGUGUUGAAGAACAAGCAUUUGGUAGAACUGCACGACAAGGUAAGCGUGGUACAGGUCAAAGAAUAAUAAAUGCUGCUAGUUUAGCUCAUUACAAAAACUUCAACAUACAGAAAAUCACAGAACUACGAGAUAAUAUUGAGGUAAACAUGUUAGAUGAUUUUCAAAAGCGUGAACUACAAAUAAUUACUUUGAAAGAUGAACUUUUUACCAAGUUUUGUUUGUUGUUAAAUGAAAUAAGACAAAAAAUUAGAGAAAAAAAUAGUUUAUAUGUAAAAAUAGAAAAUCAAGCUAAAAGGAUAUUUACAAAUAUUUCGCCGUCCGUUCUUGAGUCUAAUAUACUUCUCAGCAUUGAAGAACAAUGGGCAAUGUUUUUAUAUCAAAUCGAUAAUCAACAAGCUCCAACUGAUAGCAAGAUAUUUCAUAAACAAUUUGAAAAAUUUAGUAAAAAAAUUCGAGACAAUUACGAAAAUGAUUGUAUUAUUAAGAAUCCUUAUUGUCAUAUUGCCAUUGCUAAUGACUUAGUUAUUAAUGAUUCUUCACUGUACAGAAACUAUGAUAAUGCGAUGAAACAUUUCGAUCGAGCUAUAGAACUUGAUUCAAAACAUAGUGCAGCUGCAUUUGCCGGAAAAGGUUGGUUAUUAUUAAAAGGUAAAGAAAAUUUCUUUCGUUCAAACGAACAAUCUAUAGAUUAUAAAGAAAUGGCUAUUCGACUAUUUAAUAAAGCACUUGAAAUUCUUAGUGAAGAAAUGUCGGCACUAACAGUUAUACAAUCAUUUUUACAACAUCGUUGUCAGAAUAUGAAUACUGAUCUUAGUAAACAAUUAAUUCAAAAAUAUAAUAUUCUUGGUUCUUAUUGUAAUAGUUUAGAAAAUACUGUAAAGAUUAUUAAGAAAUCGCAAAGAUUAAUUCAAAUAACAGAAUUGGUAGAUUACUCAAAAUUAAUAGAAGAUAAAUAUAACAGUAAGAGUUUUUCGAACGAAGUUUUAGCAAAUUUACAAUACGGAAUCUUUAAAAGAAUAAUUUCAUAUGAUGGCAUUGAAAAAGGAUGUGUAAAAUGGUACGACAUUCGUUUAAUACCUUAUAACCGUCUAGAUCAUUACAAGACAUUAAUUCCCAAUAGUAAAGAAAUUAUUGUUACGAAGGAAAAAAAUAAUAUAGUUACAGUUUUUUAUAUACAAAAAAAUAAAGAUCGAUUAAGAGAAUGGAUAGUGAAUGAUUCUACUUUGAGUAAUGCACUUUUAUCUUUAUCGUAUGAUGAAACGAUUCUCGAUCGAGAUAUUCAUAUGAAAAUUUAUAUUUUAAUUUAUGAAAAACUUAAAUCAAAAAAUAGUCAUAUUCGAGAAGAAUUUCCAGCAUUUCUUCAAGAAUCAACAGAUCAUAAUCAAUACGAGGUAACGUUUAAUGAUUUAACUGUUAGACAAGAUAGUGGAACUAAAGAUCAAGCAAUAGAGAUUAUCGAUAAGAUACUGUAUCAAAAUGAAAAUGAUUUGUUUGAUAGAGCUAUUGAACUUUCACCUCUCAAAAAAGUUAAAUGUUUUUCUAAAAAAAGUGGAAUUUUGGACUAUGAUUAUGAACAUAUAAACAUAACUAUACAACAGAUUAAUGCAGAGAAGUUAAGAGAUUUUCUAAAUCCAAACAUUGAAGUUAAAGAGUUGACAAAAGAAGAAGCUCUGACACAAUUGAAAGAAAAUACUUGUUUUUUCGAUCGAUAUUUAUUACCAGAAACUUGGUCCCUCGAUUCAUCCCGAAUUAAUUUAGAAAUUACUUCCGAGAAUAAUAAUAUACCAGAGAAAAUGACUGAUUUGAGCGUCAAAGUCGCAAUGAAACUAAUCGCAGAACGAAUAGAUCAAAAUGAACGUUUCAAUUUGAGUUUCGAAUCAGCUAAUCAAACAGCAAAAAUCUUAGAAAAAGUAUUAUAUCGUUCAAAUAUAACGAUCGAAUUCAUUGGAUUAAUAGCAGAAAAUGUUGAAGAAAAGUUAAGAACGAUAGUAUCUAGAUCCAUUACUCUUGAAUUCACCGACAAUAAAGAAACAUUACUAAAAGUUAUUGAUUCUUUAACAACGGAACGGAUACAAUUGUAUAGUCGCGUAAAAGAACAUGAUAUUACGGAAGUAGUAAAUAAGAUUGGAGCCGAGCAAAAAAUUUCAGAAAUUACAGAUAAAUCUACGACUAUGAAAUUAAUUGAUGUAAAUAAAAGCAUUGUAGAUAAUAUACUUAAUAUUUGUCCUAAUGCGAAUUUUAAUAUAACUUUUAUUAAUAUACAGAAUAAAUGUCUUUUGACUGGAUUAAAAGAUGAACUUAUAAAUGUAAAGUUUAAUAUGUUACGAAAAAAAGCAGCCAAAACAAUUAUUGAACAGAUAAGAAAACAUAAAUUGGAAUUUAGUUUAGUAUUUACACAACUGACAAGUCAUGAAGCAAAACAAAUAAUAGAAUUAGCUCCAAUAGAACAAGAGAACAUAGAAGUUCAGAGAUUUAAAACUUUAAGUGAAUUAUUUAUGAAUCAACUACGGCCUAAUUUAGAGUUAGCUGAAUUUUCUGGACGUGGUAUCGAAUAUUUAAUUGAAAUUAAUGAAAAAAAAUUUAUUCCAUGGACAAGUAUUGUUAGCGUAUGUGUUCUAGCUAAUAUUCAAAUGGCAAUAGGUGGACUAUUAAUAGGUAGUGGAUUUGGGGCCACUUUAGGAAUGAGUCUUGUCACUGAAGGAGGAGCAGAUUUAUUUAUUGCUUACAGAGUAUAUAGCACAAGACAAUUUUCUUGGUCAGAUUUCGCGAAACAAAAGGCAGUAAGUCUAAUUAUUUCAGCAGCUUCAAUGGGACUCUCACCACUCAAAGAUGCAGCUAAAGGAGCUCAGAAUUUAGUUGUAAGCGUCGGAGAAGAAGUAAUUGAACAAGCUGGUACGAGAGUGAUAACAAAUGAUAAUUUGAAUGAAAUAAUGAAGUUAAUAUCAGAUAUGAUUACUGAACAAAUAUUUAGAAUUACAGAAUCACAACUUAUCUUGCCUUUGAGUACUUAUGCUACAGGAAAAUUAACAAAUAUUUUUUCUGAAACAGUCGAACGUUAUGUUGUUGUAGACGAAAAACAAAAUUCAUCUAGUCAAAAUCAAGAAAACAGUAGAAUAUAUAAUACAAUUACAGAACAAAUUGCACAAAACGCUAAAGAUUAUACUAUCUCAUAUAGUCAAUGUGAAAUGAUUCAUUAUGCUCAACAAACAGAUGAAAUAAAUAGUCGAAAAAACGAUGAGAAAAUAAGUGAUUAUGCUCUAGGUGUCAGAACGAAUAUGCCAGCAAACAUGAAAGUCACAGAUACUCCAAAUAUAAAUAAUGAUUCAGGUUAUACAGUUAUUCAACAAAUAUUAGAAGGAAAUGGGAUAAGCAAAACUAUCGAAGAACUUCGUAAUGAUAGAGCUACAAUAAUACAGGAUAAUCCUCGCCAGUUUUCUAGAGCAUUAAGGGCACAAAAAUGGAUUGAAGAUCAUUAUCUUCAAGAGAUGAACAAUUUAUUAAUCAUACAAUCAGGCAAAAGUUCGAAGCAAUCGAAAGACGAAUAA